UUGGCUUAACUACUUCCUGUUUCCUGUCGGCCGUCCACACACGUGAAGGUCAGAAUUACAGUCAGAAGGUUUUUAUCUUCGGUCACAUAUUGUCCCUCUGAGCUGUUUCCACUGAACUAUGGACGGACAGGGAGGCACAGCGGACCCGCAGCUACAACAGUUCAUCGAGGUCGAGUCCCAGAAGCAGAGGUUUCAGCAGCUGGUUCAUCAGAUGACGGAGGUUUGCUGGGAGAAGUGCAUGGACAAACCUGGGCCAAAGCUGGACUCAAGGACAGAAAUAUGCUUUGUUAACUGUGUGGGGCGAUUUAUUGACACGAGCCAGUUCAUCCUGAACAGACUGGAACAGACCCAGAGGAGCCGGGGCUCGUUCUCCGAGAGCAUGAUGGACUAAAAACUGUCUGACUGACUGGUGAGAUUCUCCGCCCUUUGCUCUGUGAAGAGGCCGUUUGCUCCUGACACAGCUGUCUGAGUGUUGCAGAACUGUCCGAUCGAAUGCAGGAAGGAACCAGAUGCAGCGUAACGUUUGAAUCAAGUGCCUGUGAUUAACACCGUGUAUUCAGAAGUGUAGGGCUUUGUUUUCCCUCCAUGUCAGAUAUGAGUGUUGCAAAAUGCUCAUAUUCUGGUCUGUUGCUAACAGUGACCUUACUUUUGUUUUAGUCAAAUCAAUGAAUUCGAGCUGUUUCAUUGGCUAGGCUGUGAAACUGAGCUUGAACGUGUGAAUAUUUAUUGCUGCUGUGAGUGUAGGAGACUGCUGAGAGAUGGACGCAUCUGGGACAUUCAACAUACCAACUGUAUUGGACAGCCACAAGGACUUCAACACACACACACACACACCCUUGUACUUUUAUCUUAGUGAGGACACUCAUUGGGAUAAUACAUUCCCAGCCCCCUACUCUAACUAAAGCGAAAUACAACUAAACACCUAAUCCUAACUUUAAACUCUUUAGACUCCAUAGGGUCUUUAUUCAAAAUGGUCCUCACAAAGAUACGAGUACACACACUGUUGUAAUUACAGGGAGCUCAUGGUGUCUUGAACCAAGAGGCUUGAUCAACACCUUAAAGGUUCUGGACUGUACAUAUGCAAUAAACAAAAUUACAAAAUAC